CCUCCAUAGGUGCAGUAGAGACAUCACACAAUACACAUCACAUUGGUUCGUUUUGCGACGGAAGAUCCAAGAUUCGCAAGAACUAGAUGAUUCUGCCCCGAUGUUUCUGACGUUUCUAGGGUUGUUUCAGCUGUUCAUGAUGUCGUCAGCGACUAAUGGCCCAUCAUCAGAAGCUGACAGUGAGCAGACUCAGCAGAGUGGGGAGGCGGAGCCAGGCACUAGCCGAGGGCCGGAUGAUGAAGAGGGCGAAAAUUUGGAGGACGUAGCUGCGGACAUCUAUGAUUUGAUCAAGGACAUCCGAGACCCAGAGAAACCCAACACCUUGGAAGAACUGGAGGUCGUCUUUGAGGAAGGGGUCAAAGUUCACCCAGUCAAGGGUCAGUCCGAUAGGUACAUCAUCCGUGUAGAGUUCAAGCCAACGGUCCCGCAUUGUUCACUUGCAACGUUGAUCGGUUUGUGUAUUAGGGUAAAACUGGAUCGGAGUCUUCCACAGAAACAAAAGGUUGACAUUUUUAUCACCAAGGGAACACAUGCGACAGAAAAUGAAAUUAAUAAACAAAUCAACGACAAGGAGAGGAUAGCCGCAGCCAUGGAGAACCCUAACCUGAAGGAACUCGUUGAGAAAUGUGUGGCAGAGGACGACACUUGAAACAACUUGUACAAACUGUAACCCAUAUACUAGCCAAAGCCAUAAAUUAUGGCUUUGUAAAACAUGGACAAUUUUGUUCGAUAGAGGGCCAGUCCGU